AUGAAAUAUUUUACAUUAUCAGCCGCAUUAUUAUCAGCAGUUACUUGCGUUACGGCUGGAGGUCCUGUAGUCUGCACACAUAAUGUUGGUGGAGCUACCUGUGUUGACCAUCAAGUCACAAAAGAUUGUUGUGCAGCAGUUGACCACUCUGCUCGUUAUGACGAAGUCUUCUCACAAUGUAUUCCAUGGGCUAUUAAUGGUCUUAACACUGGCGAUAUGGCAGAAUGCUGUGAGAGCAGAGGUGAUUCAAGCAGAGCGGAGGAUGUUGGCGCAGAGCACGUCCACUCUGACCCGAUAUGGGUACUAAAAAAGAGACCAUAG